AUGGAAGAAGCCGAGGGAAGGAGAGACCCAAGAAGACCGCCUGACAUUUUCCGGAUGCUCGCCAAACGGGAUGCUGAGAAAGCUGCCUGGAAACCCAGGUUUAUCCCCAAGAAAGAGCGCGAACGCAUGGCCGCAGAGAAGGCGGCGAAGGAGGCAGCCGAAGAGGCAGCCAAGGAGGAAGAGCGCAAGAAGCGGAUUGAACAAUGGGAGUACAAUAAGAAGCACGGGUUGGGCUGGUUCGCGACGGACAAGACAAAGGCGAAGGAUAUACCGACCGGCCCCAGGGCUCUGCGCCAACCCGGCGAUGGCUCGGAGCAUAUGCAGAUUGGAAAGCGUUCUCGGGCAGACGAAGAAGAGGAGGAAAAGCGCGCCGAGAUGGAACGAGCGGAUGCGGCAGCGCUACGCGCCCGGUAUCUCGGCCCUGAGGUCAACCAAUCCACCUUCUCGGCGAAGAAGAAGAGGAGGAGGACUGCGGCGAACAAGUUCAAUUUCGACUGGGAUCCAGAAGACGAUACAAGCAGACCUUACGACCCCAUCUACGCAGGACGUGACGAAUACGCAGCACUCAGCCCCGAUGAGAAGGUGCGACGGCAGGUCGAAUCUAUCCGGCGCAGCGAUCCGGAGACCGGAGAGCAGCGGGCAAGGGAUAUUUUGGAGCGACACGAGCGCGCCAAGCAAGAGGUCGAGCGCAGAACUUUCGGGAAACACUGGUCGGAAAAGAAACUAGAAGAGAUGAAGGAACGCGACUGGCGUAUCUUCAAAGAGAACUUCGCUAUAGCUACCAAAGGCGGUGCCAUCCCGAACCCUAUGCGGAGCUGGCAAGAGUCGAAUCUGCCACGAAGUCUGCUCGAGAUCGUCCACAAAGUAGGCUACGACGAACCGACGCCGAUUCAAAAGGCGGCUAUACCGAUCGCCCUCCAGGCCCGCGACUUGAUCGGUGUUGCUGUCACAGGCUCCGGAAAGACGGCCGCGUUUCUGCUGCCACUCCUCGUAUACAUCUCCGAGCUACCGCCGCUUACCGAAGACAACAGGAACGACGGACCGUAUGCGCUUAUCCUUGCGCCAACUAGAGAGUUGGUGCAGCAGAUCGAGACAGAAGCCAGAAAGUUUGCCGGCCCAUUGGGCUUCACCGUUGUCAGCAUCGUUGGUGGUCACUCCUUGGAAGAGCAGGCAUAUGCACUUCGCAACGGCGCAGAGAUCAUCGUCGCGACGCCGGGCCGUCUUGUCGACUGCCUUGAGAGGCGCCUGCUGGUAUUCUCGCAAUGCUGUUAUGUGAUUAUGGAUGAAGCCGACAGAAUGAUCGAUCAGGGGUUCGAGGAGCCUCUGACUAAGAUCCUCGAUGCCCUUCCGGUAACCAACGAGAAACCGGACACGGACGACGCCGAGAACCCGCAGCUGAUGAGACGCUACGUUGCCGGAAAGGACCGAUACCGGCAGACAAUGAUGUACACGGCAACCAUGCCACCGCUCGUUGAAAAGAUCGCCAAGAAGUAUUUGCGGCGGCCAGCCAUCGUGACGAUUGGUAACGCCGGAGAGGCGGUUGAUACGGUCGAGCAGCGUGUCGAGUUCAUCAGCGGCGAGGAUAAGCGGAAGCGGCGGCUACAGGAAAUCCUCAAUUCUGGGCAGUUCAAACCACCCAUUAUUGUUUUUGUCAACAUCAAGCGCAACUGCGAAAUGGUCGCCAAAGACAUCAAGUCGUGGGGAUACUCAACAGUCACACUACACGGCAGCAAAACGCAGGAACAGCGUGAGGCGUCGCUGGCAUCACUCCGGAACGGCCAGUCGAGCAUCCUGGUUGCGACAGAUUUGGCUGGCCGUGGUAUUGACGUGCCAGACGUCUCGCUGGUCGUCAACUUCAACAUGCCAUCCAGCAUCGAGGCUUACACGCAUCGCAUUGGUCGUACUGGUCGUGCGGGCAAGAGGGGUGUGGCAAUCACGUUCCUCGGUAACGAAGACACAGAUGUCAUGUACGACCUGAAGCAAAUCAUAUCCAAGUCGUCAAUCUCGAAGGUGCCUGAGGAGUUGCGGCGACAUGAGGCCGCGCAGUCGAAACCGACACGCGGUCAGAAGAAGUUGGAGGAUUCUAGUGGGUUUGCGGGAAAAGGUGGCUCAUGGUUCUAG